AGACAGUUAAGAAAAGUCCACAAAUUUCAGAACAUGAAGCUAAUAAAUUACAUGCUUCUUUCGAUAAUUCUAUCUUGCCUGAUUGCUAGCAUUGAAGCAGGAAGUAUAUGCGGCGCUGACGGGCUUGUUAAGGCGAGGGCCAAGUGCAAGUAUUCUUGUCAACUGAAGGGUUACGGAGGAGGAGACUGUAAAGGAAAGAAGGACUGCUCCUGCGAAGUAAAAGAAAAAAAGAAAGAACUCGACUGCUCCUGCGAAUGCACAUGCUUCCCAUAGAGCUGCUAAAAGAGAACAUUGUUUGUGAUC